AAAAAAAUAUAAAAUAGCAUUAUCCACACUUUUUUUUUAUUUUUUUUUUUUUCUGUGUAUAUACAUGCAUAUUAUCUCCCACUUAUAAUAAAUUAAAAAAACCAAAUUGUUGAAUGCACGCAAAAAAGAAAAAGAAAUAAAGAUUUAAAAAAUUAAAAUAUAGUAAUUUAAUAAAUAAUAUUUGAGUUUUAAAAAAUAAUAAAAACAUGGUAUAUGAAAAUGAAAAUUCUUGUAUAGUCUCACAUAUUAAUAAUAAUAAUAAUAACAAAAUUAAUAAAAAAAUAGCCAGUAAUAAUCAAAUCCAAAAUCAAAGUAUAAAUAACUAUUUAAUAAACAAUAUAAAUAAUAAUAGUAAAAUAAAAAAAAAUAAAAAAAAAAUAAAAUAUGAAUAUUUAAUACCAGAUUAUAUAAUUAAAAAAAUAAUAUCAUAUUUGAUGGAUGAUGGAUUCAACGAUUUAAUAAUAUGCGAUAGUUCCAAUAGUAAUCAUAGUAGCAAUAACUAUAACAAUUAUAAUAAAUAUAGAAAAUCAAAUACAAUCAAAUUAAAAAAGUUUAAUUUAGACUUUAGCUAUUCACUAGUUUGUUGGAAAUGGUUUAAUAUCACCACCAAAAUGAACACAUUCUUACCAUUAAGAUUCUUGGUAUCAAUUAUAAAUAGAAACAAUGACAAGGACAACAACUACUUUUAUUCAUUAUUAAAUCAUCACUUGGGGGCUCAAGAAAGUGCAAGUAAUGGUGUCAGCAAGAUGCUCAGCAAUGAAGAAAAGAUUUAUAAAAAAAGAAAGCAAUUACUUGAAGAUGAAGAGGAGAAUAAGAGAUUAAGUAGCAGCAGUUUAUUAUAUACCUCAUUGAAGUUUGGUAGAAUUCAAUUCAAUUAUUUAACAGAAAUAGAAUUUGAUAAAAUAUUACCAACAUGGCAAAACUCAUGGCAACUAUUAUCCAACGAAUCACCAAAUUUAGAAAGAAUUUCACUAGUUAUUGUUGUAGGUAAUGAUAGUCCAUUUGAUAUCUUUGAAAAGUUUCCUGCCAAUUUUACAAAUACCAUAAAGCUGUCUCUAAAGUUGUUUUUUAAUGACCUCUAUUGUAACUUAGAGUCGAUUGACCACUAUACAAAGAGUAGCAGAUUGCCAAAGAAUCUAAACGUAGAAUUUAUUCAUUGUUUAUGUAACAUUAGUCAAGAAAUGAAUUGGGAUAUAGUGAAUUUUUUCAAACCUAAAAAGCUCCUCUUAGACAGCUCCUAUGAUUCAACUAUUCACUAUGGGUAUUCAGAUUUAUUUAAUUUUUAUAAUCAACAACAACAACAACAACAGAUUAAUAUUGAAGAUCAAGAAGAAACAAAUGAAAUAAUAAUUAAUAAUCAACAACAAAAUCAUCAAUAUAUUCAAGAAAUUGUUAUUAAAUCACAUGAUUUUAUGGAUUUAAAAGAUUUCAAAGAAGCAAUUGAAAAUAAUUUAUUAAGCAGUAUCGAAUGUUCAUUACUUUUAAAUGACCUAUAUUGUUUUGAGCAUAUCAUCCCAGAAGUUGGUGGGGAGGCAUAUUGGGACUCAAUAGCAAUUGAUACAAAUGAUGAAUCACAUUCAGUCAGAAAAUACAUACAUGACAUUGGCAUGGCACUAUCAAAUAAUACGAGUUUAGAAACACUAGUUAUUCAUGACUUUUAUAG